UCAGCCGUCAACAUGGCCAAAGCAACGACUGUGAAGGAGGCACUGGCCAAAUGGGAGGAAAAGUCAGGAGAGAAAGUGAACGAGGCUAAGGCAAUAAAACUGUAUGGUCAGGUUCCUCCUAUAGAGAAGAUGGAUGCUUCUCUCUCCACGCUCACCAACUGCGAAAAGCUGUCUCUGUCCACAAACUGUAUUGAGAAAAUAACCAAUCUCAAUGGCCUGAAGAACCUGAGAAUAUUGUCAUUAGGAAGAAAUAAUAUAAAGGCGCUCACAGGGCUGGAGGCAGUAGGGGACACAUUAGAAGAGUUGUGGAUCUCCUAUAACUUGAUAGAGAAACUGAAAGGAAUCCAGUGCAUGAGGAAGCUGAAAGUCCUCUACAUGUCCAACAACCUGGUGAAAGAAUGGGGAGAGUUUGUGAGGUUGGCUGACCUACCAUGCCUCGCAGACCUGGUGUUUGUUGGAAAUCCUCUAGAGGAGAAGCAUUCAGCAGAAGGAACGUGGAUGAAUGAAGCCUCUAAAAGACUUCCUAAGCUGAAGAAACUGGAUGGAACCCCAGUCAUCAAACAGGAAGAGGACGAAGGAGAUGGAGAGAGCUGAGAAGCAUGACUAUCACAAUGCCCUUCCCUGACAGUCUUCCCUUUUUUAAGUUUUGUAUGGUUUUAUCAGAUUGCUUUUCUUUAUAUAAAAUAUGAUUUUUUACAUCCACACAGACUUUGUUGUAGAUCAACAAGCACAAAAUAACCAACAAAUACACAGAAUGUGUAUAUUUUAGAGUUGAAAAAAGUCUGUUAAACGAUACGAUACAUCAGGCCUUGUGGGUUUGGGACCAGAACAAAGUUUUGCCAAGACCCUGUUGAGUUGAACUACAGGAUAAGCACAUUUCCUAAUGCUGUUUACAGCAUUCUGAUUUUUUUUUUUUUUUUUUUUACUAUGUAUGUAUGUAAUGUGAAGGUUAUUGAAGCUGAUGCUAUUGUGUUUUUAUAGUGUCCUUGAUUUUCUAUGCCUCUAAAGUUCUUUCAACAAGAGCUAAAGCACAGUGUAGCACACAGACCAGAGAACAGAGACGUUUGUGUGGACCAGAUGUUGAUCUGGUAAUACCAUUAACUCCAUGUCGCUGGACCUUCUCUAGCCUAAUAGAAGUUGGCUGUAAAUACCUGACACCGGUCUCAGUCCAUAACAUCACCAUGGAGAGAUGGCCAAAUACAGAUAAAGACUAGCUGGAUUAUGCUACAGUUACAUCACACUGGACCAAGCAGUCUACUGAUGGUAACAAAGAGUGACUUAGAGUGGUACAUUUUAAUGUCAGCCACAAAUGAAAAAUCCAGCAGAUAGUUGCCAUGGUACUCAAACAGCAGACUGUUUUUCCUGGUUGUUAUCAGAAUUCAGGAUUUGCUCAAAUCGGGGUCUGUUACCAAACCAACUUCUCAGGUACCAGUAGCAUUAAGACAGGAGGUGUAGUUUAUGUGUACUGUCCUUCUCAUGGGACAUGAAAGGACCAUCUCUAGCCACACUGAAACAGGCUUUGGGCAGGACUGUGAAGCCAAUAAGAGUGAGAGACCAAAGACAGUUCUGAGAGAUCUUCCUGGCUACAUAACACUGAGGUCAUGUAGUUUAUGUCUAAACUUGGUUAUA